CCCCCCCCGCGUGCUCCCAGCCCUCGCUUCCGCUUCCGGCCUCGCCCUUCCGCUCCCAGAGCGCCCCGCGCCGCGCCAUGGCCCACACUGACAAUGAUUUGCAAGGAACAAAUAGUUCAGGAUCAUUGGGUGGUCUUGAUGUUCGUAGAAGAAUUCCUAUAAAGCUGAUCUCAAAGCAGACCAAUAAAGCCAAACCUGCACCUCGGGCUCCCAGAAAUAUGAACAGGAUGCCUUCCAAGACUCAAGCUGGUGAUGAAGAAGAAUUUGAUUAUAACGAAGAGGAGCGGUACGAAUGCAAAGGAGGUGAAAUGUUUGGAAAUCAGAGGAGGUUCCCUGGACCCAUUUUCUGGGACUAUAAGAUUAACUUGCUGGGGGAGAAGGACGAUACGCCCGUCCACUUCUGCGAUAAGUGUGGAUUGCCCAUCAAAACCUAUGGGCGCAUGAUACCUUGCAAGCAUGUUUUCUGCUAUGACUGUGCUAUACUACAUGAGAAAAAGGGAGACAAGAUGUGUCCGGGCUGUAACGAACCUGUGCAGCGCAUCGAGCAGUGCGUACGAGGGUCUCUCUUCAUGUGUAGCAUUGUCCAAGGGUGCAAGAGAACUUACCUGUCACAGAGGGACCUACAAGCUCACAUCAACCACCGCCAUAUGAGGGCCGGAAAGCCCGUUACUCGCCCUCCGCUUGAGCCCGUUCACCCUCCGAUUGCCCCACCACCUGCUGAAAUUCCUGAGCGCUUCAUAAUGCCGCCUGAGAAACACCACAUGAGCCACAUCCCACCGAAGCAGCACAUCAUGAUGCCCCCGCCUCCUCUGCAGCACGUGCCCCACGAGCAUUACAACCAGCCCCACGAAGACAUCCGUGCUCCUCCAGCGGAGAUGGCCAUGGCUCCGCCGCCGCCUCGCCCGGUCAGUCAGGACACCUUCCGCAUCUCCACCAGGAAACACAGCAACCUGAUAACUGUUCCCAUUCAGGAUGAUUCCAGUUCGGGGGCUCGAGAACCACCUCCUCCGGCCCCGGCACCCGCUCACCAUCACCCCGAGUACCAGGGGCAGCCCGUGGUAACGCACCCUCACCACAUCAUGCCUCCGCAGCAGCAUUACGCGCCGCCCCCCCCACCGCCUCCUCCGAUAAGCCACCCUUUGCAGCAUCCCCCCCAGGCAGCGGGCACCCCUCACAUGGUGUACAGCCAAGCUCCUCCGCCGCCAAUGACCUCUGCUCCUCCUCCCAUCACCCCGCCGCCUGGACAUAUAAUUGCCCAGAUGCCACCCUACAUGAAUCAUCCUCCUCCGGGACCUCCCCCUCCUCAGCACGGAGGCCCCCCCGUAAACGUAAGCGCGCCCCCUCCCCACCACUACAACCCUAACUCUUUGCCACAGUUCAGUGAAGACCAAGGAACUCUUAGCCCCCCCUUCACGCAGCCAGGGGGGAUGAGUCCAGGGAUUUGGCCAGCUCCACGAGGGCCGCCUCCACCGCCGAGAAUGCAAGGGCCUCCUGCUCAGGCCCCUCUUCCUGGACCGCACCACCCUGAUCAAGCCAGAUACAGACCCUAUUACCAAUGAUAACGAGCAGUUACAUGAAUAGAGAGUGCUAUGAAGAGGAUAAAACUAUAUACAACAGCCUUUUAAUUAAUUGUCGGGGAGGGGGGGUUGUUUUUUUUAAAUACUGUCAUUUUGACUGUAAGACGUUUUGGGGUUUGGAUCUUUAAUGAUUUUUAAGCCUUGGAUGUAGGACUCUGACUUCAGAUACUCUGUAGUGCUAAAAUAAGUGGCUUAGUAGACCACAGUUGCAUUUUAACAGAACUUCUGUCUAUAGUGUGGCUAAAUUGUCCUUAAGAUGAACGCUUGUAAUAUUACUUCCUGGAGAAAAAGAACACGUGUUGUACCAUUCUGAAUAUUGUUUUUGUUAAAUCCAAUGUUUAGUUUCACUUGUGAUACAUUUUUGUUAACCUGUGUACAAUGAUUAAAUUGAAACAUGGUUGUAAAAGUGGUGGGUUUUUAUGUGAAGUUAACACAGACACGGUUCCAGGGCACCGUUUUGGCACUGAUGCUAUCCAAGUGGGAAACAUAAGGGGCAAUACUAAGGAAACUGAUAUUUUUACUAACAUUUACUGUUAAUUUCAAUGCAUUCAGGCUACGGUGAAUUCAUGACACGAGAAGUCAGACACCCAAACACUGUAUUUCAGGUUUGUUUUAGUUUCUUUUUUUUUGUCUUUUUUAAUUUGUGCGGUAUCAAGACCAAGAUAAAUUUACCAGAAAUGCAGCUUUGGGCGUGACACAAAAGCGGGUUAUGAUGUUACGGGUGUGGGUGGUGGUUUUGGGGCUGGUUUUGUUUGAGAAGAUUCUGUUUACAUGUACACUCCUCAGUGGUGUGAAUUCAAACUAUUUUGUUUACUUACGGUUACGUUUGUGUGGAAGUGGCCGUGAACUGGCUUGCCAUGUCUGAGAGAAGCAGAUUGCUUUUGGUCGUGAAGUGGCAUUUACCUCCAUCACUAUAUAAUACAUACAGUUGGAAAACUUCCCAUUUGGUAACAUGAAAGAAGGGGUCUGAAAUCCCUCAUGUAGAUAUGAAAAAAAUAAUAAAAGCUACACACCUUUUAUCUGUUUCAAUUUUUGUGCUACAUCCUUAAUCGGACAGUUAAGAGUCCUAUAUUUUAUUUUAUUUUUUUAAUAAAGGUGGCAAUAUAGGCAGGCCCUGGGGGCUGUUCUGGCCCCAGAUUUAGGUUUUAUAAGCAUGCUCUUAAAUAUAAGAUGUGAAUGUUCUCUUUAAGUGCAGCUGGUAACUGAGCCAGACACUGAUAAGACGGUUUUGAAUGUUUGCCUUUGUGUUUCUAAUCAAUGUUAGUGCUGAGCCUUUUUUGCUUUUUCUCCAAAAUGUCACGUUUCUAGUAGUGGUGAUUUUAGAUGAAGAAAUCCUGCCUAUUCUUUUUUUAAGGUUUGUAAUUUCCUACUGAAAAUCUGAAUUCUCUUUAAAACCUCACUCUAUUUUGUAACUUUUUUUUCCUGCCUCAUAAUUGUUUAGUUUAUCGAAGAGCUCUGGCAGUACAACAUUCCAAAUUUUGUA